GUUGGCGUACUUCUAAUGUUAUAUAGAGGGCGCUACAACCCCGGAAAAGGAAAUUGCAUUUUAUUCAUUCGGUCGGGUCUGAUCCGUUCACGAUACAUUGCGAAAGACGAUAAUGGCAAACACACCUUAUUAAAAUGGCAUCAAGGAGAGGAGAAGAUGCCUCAAGCCAAAGUGAAGCUGGUGGUGACAGGAGAUGAUUUUGGCUAUUGUGAGAGGAGGAAUCAGGGGAUUGUGGAUUGUUUUAAAGCUGGUGGGAUCUCCAAUGUCUCCCUGUUGGUGAAUGCAGUCUCGGCAAAGCAUGCAGCAGAUCUGGCCAAAAGAUAUGAUAUUCCUAUUGGACUCCAUGCAAAUCUCUCGGAAGGUCUUCCUGUUUCUCAGAAACUGACGGGCUCGACACUCCUCAAGAAAGAUGGUUUCUUUCAUGGAAAGAAGGGCUUCCGGGAAGUUCUGCAGAGUGGUCAGCUCAAUAUGUCGGAGGUGGAGGCGGAGCUCAGGGCCCAGGUAAAUCGGUUCUGUGAACUGAUUGGACACAUGCCCGAUCAUAUGGAUGGCCACCAGCAUGUUCACGUACUGCCAGAGGUACGAGAAGUGUUUGCCCGAGUUCUCUCUGAUUUUGGGAUCACCUACACACGGGUCCCAGUGGAGCCCAGUCUUAAAUUCUGUACGUUCCUCCCGUCCCAUCUUCGAUGCUUCUACACACAGGUUGAAAAAGAUGCUCUCGAGUCUGUCGAAGUCUUUCAUCAACAUGGCAUUAGGUGGCCUGACAUAUAUCUGGGUCUAAGCACCAUGGGUAAAAACAUGACCACGUCUAACCUCAAACGAGCUUUAGGCUUCACGCUAGACGCACAUGCAUCAUCGCUGGAUGAUGGUGUAAUUUCUCCAUUAAUACUGACACAGACCAGUGACACAGCGGUUAACUCCCAUCAGCCAAUUACCGCUGAGCUCAUGGUGCAUCCGGGAUAUCCGAGUCAUCCGCAGCAGGGCGGAUGCGGAGAAGGACCGGAUGAUUUCUCACAGUCCUCAGACCGACUACAUGAGCUGAAUACUUUACAGGACCCUCAGGUACUCGGUUAUUACAGGCAACAGGGGAUCCACCUCUGUGCCUUUAAAGACCUUUAACAACACUCCGGUUAUCCAGAAGCUGCUCCAGGAUCAAUUUUAAUUGUGGCUACCAUCUGUGGACUUGCAUUUUUAACUAGAUUUGAUAAGGAAUAAAGCCUCAUAUUUAUGACUGUAAUAAAUGUAUUAUGAAGAUUUUAACUGAACAUGUAGCACUUACUUUAUAUAUUUAAAAUAGCAAUUUAUUUUCAUUUAAGUACAACGUUUGAAGCAAAUGUAUUUAUGAGAUUUAAUUUUGAAACUGAAUUAAAAGCAUAGUCUCUUUUAGUCGGUGUGUUUGAUUUGUGUGUAGAUUUACGCAGUGUUUAGUCAAAUAAAAACAUGUAGGCAAACCAAUGCACAGUAUAUAUAUUUAUGUAUUUCUUUUCCAUCCUAAACAUUUGUUUCAGCUAGCUAGAUCAAAGCGGAAUGCCGUUCAAAACGUGUAUGACUCGUUCUUGUGUAGAACACAAACACACAAGACAUUCUGACAAACGUUUGCCAAUGUUGUUACAAAUAUGUUUUGUGUUCUGCAGAAGAAAGUCAUACAGGUUUGGAAUGACAAGGGUGAAAAAAUAAUUUUCAUUUUUGGGUGAACUAUCCCUUUGAAUUCUAGCCUACUAACAACUAAGUUUUAGAAACAUUUUGGUAUUCUUGUAGUCUUUGUUUAAUAUAAGCAUUAAGAAACUAGACACAAAGCCUAAUCUCGCUAUUUUAAGUGGGAGUUGGAAUGGGAUGUUUUGAUUGGUUAGUUUGGUUUUAUUAGCAAAUCUCAGGUCAAUCAAAAGAUCAGCGUUUUUAAAGUAUAUAGUAUAUACAGUAUUCCCUGGAUUUGGUCGUCUUAUUUAUUUUGGUACAUAAAAUGUAGAGCAUUUGUAAAGUCAUAAUUUCUAAAACUGCGAAAAUAAAGGAAUACACACUGUGAAGACUAUGGCCCGGUUUCACAGACAAGGCUUAAUGCUAGUCCCAGACUAAAAUGAAUGUGCGACAUGUCUUAACUGAAUAUAACUUGCCCAGAAAUAUCUUAAAAUAUAUCAGUGCCAUUGUUUUGUCUCAAGAUGCUUACAAGUAAUGUAUUCUUCGAAGGCAUUUUUAUAAAAGCGACAUAAAUAUCUUAAUUCAAACAAGGCUUAGUCCUGGCUUAAACUAAGCCGUGUCUGUGAAACCGGGCCUAAAGGUUGUCGUAUUCAAAACGACUUAA